AUGCUCUCUGCGAAGAAACCAAAGCCGUCAGGAGGUUUCCAUGCUGAGGGACUGGGGGGCGGCGGGGGGGAGUUUCACAUCCUCCCAGCAACCUUCCGGGCAAGAGCUGAGGCGGCAGAUAAAAACCCCCAGAACGUCUUCGUUAACCCUUUGGGGCCAGGAGAUGACCCCUGGGAGAUGUCCUCCCGCCCCCUGGCCACCAGCCCGGUGGUGGCGGGGGAGCAGAAGCGGCGGGGAGGAUGCUGUACCAGCAACCCCCUGGAACCAGCAUCCCUCUGGUACCAACAUCUCCCUGGUACCAGGACCCCUGGCACCAUCACCCCUUGGUACCAUCACCUGGUACCAGCAUCCUCCCAAUGCCUACGUUCCCCCCGUGCCUGCAUUCCCCCCGGUACCAGCACCCCCUGGUACCAGCACCCCCAGUACCGACACCUCCCUGCUCCUCCUCUUCCUCCCGCCAGGGAAGCCGGAGAAACGAAAGUAUCUAUUGAGCCCUGCCCGGCCCCGCCGCCCACAUGCCCGACUGCCCUGCCGCCCCGCCAGCAAGUGCUCCAACAGGAUCCUUCCCACUCAUCCCACCUAGAGGGAGACAGAGCCACUGCCCCCAUGGAGAAGGGACCUGAGACAGCUGCCCCGUCCUGCUCCACUCCCUCCCACCCUCCUGCCGUGGAAGAUGACUUCCAGUUCGUCCUCUGCGAGCGCUGCCGGCAGGAGUCGCCCAACCUGAAGCUCCUCACCUGCCUCCACUCUUUGUGCCUUGAUUGCCUGAGCGAGAACAAGCCGGUGGGGCAGUGCCCCCUGUGCCAAACGCCCAUCCCGCAGGCCAACGGCAUCCCCGACAUGGACAACCUGCUCUACAUCAACCUGCAGGCCAGGCUGAAGGUCUACAGGAAGAUCCGGGACAGCCAAGGCCCGAGCUGCAGCCGGUGCCGGGAGCAGGUGGCAGCCGUCUGGUGCUCCGAGUGCGAGGAGUUCCUCUGCGCCAAGUGCUUCGAGGACCACCAGUGGUUCUUCAAGAAGAGGAGCCACGAGGCCAGGAGGGUGGAGGACUUACGUGCUGAGUCAGCUAACCAGUUCCUGGAGGACACCAAGAAGUCCAGCAACCUCUUUUGCUCCCGUCCCGGCCACGCCGACCAGGGCCACGUCUCCAGCAUCUACUGCCAGCGGUGCGCCCAGGCGCUGUGCUGCUCCUGCGCGCUGCUGGACAGCCAGCACGCUCCCUUCUGCGACAUCCGCAGCGAGACCCAGCGCCGGCAGCGGGAGCUGGACGCCAUCGGGCAGCAGCUGCGGCGCGGCCGGAGUGGCUUCGAGGAGGCCGCCGAGGCGCUGCGGGCCCAGGCCGGCCGGCUGGAGGAGGCGCGGCGGCAGACGCGGGAGCUGAUCCGGCAGCGUGCGGAGCAGCUGGUGGCGCUGAUCCGGCGGGAGGAGGAGGAGCUGCUGGGGCUGCUGGAGGCGCGGCAGGAGCAGGGCCGGGGGCGGCUGGAGCGGGAGCUGCGGCGGCUGGAGGGGGUGCUGCUGCGGCUGGAGGCGGGCGAGCGGCUGGUGGAGAAGAUGGGGCUGUACGCCACGGAGCAGGAGGUGAUGGACAUGCAGCCCUUCAUCAAGGGCUCGCUGCAGGAGCUGCAGCAGCUGCGGCCGCCGGCAGCCCAGGAGCCGGUGCCGCCUGGGGACUUCGCGGAGUGCAGAGCCAGGCUGCAGGCGCUGGUGGAGAGAGUCACAGGGCGCCCGGAUACCAAUUCUCAAGCUGUCCCCAUGGUUGAGGUAGACCUGGAGAAUGACCUGCAGGAGGAGCCUGUCCAGGCUGAGAACCAGCCCGUUGUGCCCACCUUCACCAUAAGCCUUGAGGACAUGCAGGAGAGCAUGGACCUCCCUGUCACCACGUGGCCCAAGCGGAAGUCCCCCUGCAUGGGAAGGGGCACCCAGGUGUUACCCAAGGUGCUGAAGCUGGAGAGUGACCACCUGCCAGCCCCCAGUGAUCCCAGUUCAGACCAGUGGGAUGGUGGAAGGCGGCCUGGCGCCUCCACACCCGAGCAGAACUGCUGCAGCGUCCCUGCCACCAGCAGGCACCUUCAUGAUGCAGAAGACACCAGCAUCAUCAUCUGCAGCUCGGAUGACAGCUCAGAGGACACUGUGACUUUCAUCAAGCCUGAGGACAUCAAGAAAUCCUCCAGCCCCAUCCGGUCAGAGGGUGGCACCUCACCCCACAACAGCCCCUGGAGCAGUGAGUCAGAGCUGAGCACCUUGGUGUUCCUCUGCUUGAAGGCUGACCAGAAAACCCAGCAGAUCACAGAGGUGGCAGCAGCCAACGGUGAGAACUGCUUCAGGGCUCUGAUUCAGACCCCAGAGUCGGUGCUGGCCCUGCUCUCCCAGGGGGUCCCCAUGGAGGUGGGGGUGCAGCACCUCCUCUGGUACCUCUCUGCCCUCCCCAGGCCCAUCCUGGUCGUCUAUAACUUCUGGGCCAGGGAGCUGCCAGCCCUCUUUAAAGCCUUGGAUGCCACCAGCAGGAAAGUGGACUUCUGCCACGCCGUGGGGGGUUACGUGGACAUGUUGUCCUUGGUCAAGGAGAAGCUGCCCAGAGCCACUUCCUACAGGCUGAAGAACCUCCUGAGGGGACAACUGCAGCUGCAGCUCAAGCAGGCCAGCGCCCUGGCCACCGCCAAAGGCCUGCAGGAGCUCUGGGCAUCCCUGGAGCUCCCGGCUCGGGUGGACAAGGGGAUGGUGCUCAGCCACUGCAACCUGCAGAGCUACACCAUGCUGCUGCCCCUGCUCAGGGAGAAGCUGCUCACCAGGAGGGCUGCCAAGGUCCUGGCCAGGCGUAACCUCAUCCUCUGGGAGCUGGAAGAGGUGUGA